AUGGAAGUUACCUACGAAGGCGCUCAAGAAUCAGCGCACGCUAUGAUGCCGUCCACCACGGUGCUUCUCGACGGCACGACAUCUCAACCAGAGUGCAGCAUUACGCCUGCUCGAGAUCAGUCACAACAGAAGAAUCGAUCCAUCAGAUCCAAGCUCAUAAAGACAAAGACGUCAUACCCUAUUCAGCUCGGAACCGUCUGUCCGUGCCUUCUACUCCUCGCGACUUGUGUCUUUUACCUCAGUACGGCUAUCAUAGUUGUAAGCAUCGGACUUAUAAACAUCUCGAACUUUAUAUACGUUCGAUAUGACCGGGCGGUAGACGAGUUCAGAGCGCAGUCAACCACCCUCUAUACAGAACAAAUACUACACGAUCGUUUGGAUAAACUCCUUUCUAGCCAGCUAGGCCGUGGAUUCCUGGAUACUCACGAGAACUGUCUCGUUCGUGGUCUUGAAAAGGCUGAUUAUGAGCUUCUUGGGCUUGGGUUUCAGUACCCCAACAUACGCAUGCAGGUCAUGGACUGGACGUUCGAAAACUGCGGAAGGCUUCAGCACACUCCGCAGGUGGUGGUUAAGGACCCAACUCCACAACAAGCAGUGCUGACGUAUUGGGCGGAUUUCAGUCAUCGCUCUCGUCGUACACUCGAGAAAGCAUUAGGCUUUAUGCGACAGCAGACCGGUCGGAUUUGGGCUCGUUUCUUGGGCGCUGUUUCUACUGCAAACGCUUUUGCUCCCACUGAGGACGCUCCUGGUAGCUCUGAUACUAUGGAACCACGCUAUUAUCGUCGACUCCUCCCGAAAGUGCCUUUUGGCUUCGCCCUACGCUGUGAAUCCUCACAGCCAUGUCGCCUUUUCUACCCGUUCACUUCUGUACCUUCAGACAAAGCCAGCAUCUCACCAGAAGCCCUCGCAAAACUGAAACUUCAGUCUGAAGAACUUCAUGCCUUUUACGCCAACAUCAACAAAGUUCUAUCAGCGACGCGGUACCUCCUAAGCCUUCUGAUUUGCGUGGGCCUUCUCAUGAUGCUCUCCGCCGUCGCCCACGCGACACCCACCAAGGCUGGUAUGAGGAGCCCUGGAGCUCACAGCAAGUGGGGAAAGGAGCACAUGUACGCAUUCACGUCCGCAAUCACCUCCCUUGUCAUGGGCCUGCUACGUUACCUGUUCAUGGUAUACCCAAGGGCUCUCCCUUACGACAGUCCUUUUGGCCUCGCUAUGCUGCUCUUAGGUGUCAGCAUGCUGGUCCAAUUCUUCAUCGUGCGCAUCUCAAAGCCUCUAAACGUAGUUCAUGCCUAUGAGCUGAUCAAGGAGCUCUACCUCAUCGUGCGAGGGUGGGAGAUCGACCCGAAGACUCUCGACGAAACUCAUACGCAAGUAGAGAAUCCUGAACACAAAACUACGGAGGACUCACCCACAGACAUGGAAACAGAUCCUUCCUCAUCAGGCCACUAUCAGCACCUUCAAUCAACCAAACAGCACCACCGCCUGGUCUCUCCAGCCAACUCGCUUCAAGAGGAUAUCAAAACUUACACCAAGGCGCUCUGCGAGAGGCACAAUGCGCAGCAGAUCGUUGAAUACCAUGUCGACUCUGACAUCCACAGUGAUAUCGAUACUGAGUCUGACACUGAGCCUGACAACGAAGACAACGGUUUUGUCGACUUAGCUGGCGGCGUUACCCCUCAACUUACCGACGUGGGAUCCGGCUGGUCUACGGUGGAUGCGUAG